AUGUCCUUGCUUACGGAACAUUCAUUGAGUCCUUCCAUGAUAAGAGGUCAAGGGUAUGAUGGGGCAAUUGCGGUUGCUAAAAAGAAUGUUAAUUGUACUUGGCUUUUUGACGUACUUGCAAACUUGUUAAAUGUGGUGGGAGCUUCUUGUAAGAGAAGAGACCUUAUUCGAAAAAACCAAGCUCAAGUAGUGGCUCAAGCUUUGGAAGUGGGGGAAAUUGAAAGUGGAUCGGUGCUUGAGGAGAUUGGAGAAAAUGGCUUUCCGGAUGAUAAGCUCAAAGCUCAAGUUGUUUUAGGAUCUUUGGAGUCCUUUGAUUUUAUUUUUAUGGCUCAUUUCAUGUUGACUAUUUUUGGCUACACUAAUGAUUUAUGUGUUGCUUUACAAAGAAAGGAACAAGAUAUUGUUAAUGCCAUUAGCCUUGUUCAAAGAAGAUCAAGACGUUUUGCUAAACAAGCAACAAAUCUACAUCAUUUUCGGGUUGCAAUCUUUUUGGAAGUAAUUGAUUUGCAUUUUCAAGAGAUUGAUAACCGUUUUAAUGAGAAGAACAUGUAG